CCAAAAGCUUGACGGGCUCCAUCGAUCGAUCCACAGCGCCCAAACGCUAGCUCUAGCGCUCCGACCGAACCAGCAAGUCCGGCGCGGCGUCGGCGGGAUGCCGUGGUUCCCGGCGGUGCCACCGGCGCUGGCGGCGGCCGAUGGGGGCCGGAUGAUCAAGAAGCGCGCGGGGCUGCCCAAGCUGCUGCACAAGCUCUUCGUCAAGGUGCUCCGCCUCCGGCCGGCGUCGGCGGCGGCGGAGGGGUUCUGCGGCUACCGGGUGGCGGGCGGCGCCGGCGACGAGGAGUACUGCUACUACUACAGCUACGGCGGCGCGGGCGCGUCGUGGGCCGGCGUGCUCUCCUCCAUCCCGGAGGAGGACGACGACAGCUCCGAGGAGGGCACGCCCGACGUCGCCCCCGGCCCCGCCGUGCUCCGCAAGGCCAAGUCCGAGCGCUUCGCCGUCGGCCCGCCCGUGCUCCGCAAGGCCAAGUCCGAGCGCUUCGCCGUCGGCCCGCCCGACGCCGCCGCCGUCGUGCACGUCGAGGUCCUCGUCUAGGCUCUGGCGCACGGAACCGGGCAGCCGGCUCGCCGGCUGGCUGUCGGUGCAAAGGGUCCCCCGGCCGUUCGAUCCUGAUCCAACGAUGGAGUUUUGAGGGGCCAAGUGCUCUAGCCAUGCCGUCCUCGCCCACACUCGGAACUCCCAGGUCUUAUGAUCCCCAACCAUCUCAAAAUUCAUCGAACGGCUCCAAAUCAAAGGCGCGAUAGUAUCUUGGUGCCUAAUUUACAGUGACAAAGUGGAUCCAAAUCUAAAGUUUUGUAAAUUUCGAAUUCGAAGUCAGUCUUGUUUGUCCGCCGCUUUGUCGAAUUUUGUGUACUCUGAUAGCAGAAUCUAUCAUAACCAUGAGAAAGUUUGGGUUGUGAGGCAGGACAAUCGAUCGACAAGGAGCACGGAUCUUCCAUGAAAGGGGAAAAAUUAGAGAUAGAGAGAUAAUGUGCCAUCAUAGAUUCAUGGGUGUCAACUUUGAGCAGUACAAGUUGCUAUCUUGUUUUGACAUAAUUAGUGAUGUGAGUGUUUAUGUUUAUCCCACAUUAGUGGACACCGUAGCUUAAGCUGGGCGGCUCCUGCUCACAUGCUAUUGUACCCUUUCGGGGUUUUCUUGUUUGCGUGUGAUUGAGGGCAGAAGCCGCUCUGAAUUUGCUUUUCCUGGCAAAAGCAGGCCUUCAGGUGUACAAGUUGUUAAGGAAAACUUUUUAUCCACUUUUGCUAACACAGUUAAAGCACAAAGUUAUCACA